CUGCUGCGACUGCAUUCACAUCUGGCGCCGAUACCAGCAAACAAAUCACUGAGUGAACACACGUCUCUCCCCUGUCUUUCUCUCUGCCUCUCUAUCCAGUCACUUUCACAACUUCCCUCUCCCCUUCUGAAUCGUAUCAUCCACCACACUUCCUUUCAAUCAAUCGCAAUCAUGGGCCGUUCCAAGCAGAAUGAGCGUGUUCAGGCUGGCCACCAGCAUGAUAAACACCAGGAACAAAGUCAUCACAAGCAACCUAUUCAAGAACCAGAAGCUGAACAUGACUACGAUGACGAACAGGCCUCUACAAACUACAAAGAAGCAUUCUCCCUGUUUGAUAAGCGCGGAACCGGCCGUGUUGCCCUCGAGUCGCUCGGAGAUCUUUUGCGCGCAUGUGGCCAGAACCCCACUCUUGCUGAGAUUAGAGAACUGGAGAAGGGGAUGGGUGGCGAUUUUGAUUUCGAUGCCUUCCAGAAGGUCCUUAACCGGCCCGGUGGAUUCCGGGACCCGGGCGAACCAGAGGAAUAUUGUCGCGGUUUCCAGGUCUUUGAUAAAGAUAUGACUGGCUUUAUCGGCGUUGGUCAGCUUCGAUACAUCCUUACAAACCUCGGCGAGAAAAUGUCCGACGAAGAAGUCGACGAGCUUCUGAAGGCUGUUGAUACAAGCUCCGGAGAGAUCAACUACACCGAACUCGUCCGAACCAUCCUUGCCAACUAAAUAUCAGCGAGCCUUUCGAACAGUAUGACAUUUUAUGGACGAUGAUAUGAUGUAUUUCCUGGGUUUCAUGGUUAUUUCUCGCUCUGCUUACCCGCUGUUGUCCUCGUCCGAUAGACCUACGAUGCGACGUUCGCAGAAGUUCUCAGCUGUUUUCGGCAUGGCGAUAUAAAGUCAUGGCAUGACGGAGGGUUAUUUUGUUUUUAUCAUUUGACAUGCAUGUUUUACCUUGUGAUGGGGCGACACGGCGGGUCGGUGUAUUGGUUAUCAUGGGUACUGGUUCGAUGGGAUAAAUUAUGAUUGUUAAGACGAAGAUUUGAUAAUCGUGCAUUACCAUUAAUGGCCUUGCAUUUUCGAGCCCUUGCAGUUGCUUGGUGGUACGAGCACCACCCGCUCUUGAUAUAGAUCAAAGCUGGACCACGCAGGCCAUGUUGCUACAGGGUUAUGCGUGGGCGUACGUAGUUGUAUGCAGCAACAACCUUAAUGAUUUAGC